CAAAAGAAUGCAAAAGAAGACAAAGAAAACACAAAAUUCAUUUUUAUAAAUUAAGAAUCUUAGAGAGUUAUUUUGUUGUGGAAUUGAGAGAUAAUGGUAGGACCAUUGAGACCUCAAAUUGUGUUGUUUGGUUCUUCCAUUGUUCAACUUAGUUACAGUGAUGAAGGUUGGGGAGCUAUUCUUACAAAUUUGUAUGCUCGCAAGGCAGAUAUAAUCCUGAGAGGAUAUUGUGGAUGGAAUUCAAGACGUGCUUUGAAGGUUUUGGAUACAAUAUUUCCUAAGGAUGCAGCUGAGCAACCAUCAUUGGUUAUUGUGUACUUUGGUGGCAAUGAUUCUAUGCAUCCACAUCCAUCUGGCCUUGGUCCUCAUGUACCACUUGAAGAAUACAUUGAAAAUAUGAAGAAGAUUAUAAUCCAUCUUAAGAGCCUGUCAAAGAAGACUCGCAUAAUUUUACUCAGCUCUCCACCAGUUAAUGAGGCACAAAUUCAUGAAACAUUCAGUAACAUAUUUGGGCCAAUAAAGAGGACAAAUGAAUCAUGUAGACUUUAUUCAGAAGCAUGUUUGGAGUUGUGUCAUGAGAUGAAUGUCAAAGCCAUUGACCUCUGGUCUGCACUUCAACAAAGGGAUGACUGGUCAAACGUUUGCUUCAUAGAUGGAAUUCAUUUGUCACAUGAGGGGAACAAGAUAGUGGUAAAAGAGAUAUUGAAGGUCCUUGAAGAAGCAGACUGGGAACCUAGUCUACACUGGAAAUCAAUGCCAAAUGAGUUUGCAGAAGAUUCACCAUAUGAUCCAGUUGGUAUGGAUGAAAAAACUACUGUAAAUAUCUCCAAUUGGUACUUCGAGAAAAAGUUCCAAUGGGAAAGAGAUUUGUGUAAACCAUUGAAUGGCCUUCAAAUUGAAGAAUCAGCUGUUACAAAACAGCAAGGUCUAUAAAUGAGAUCAAGAAAAAUAUUUUGGGCUCCUUUAGAAGAAUUUUGGGCAACUUAUUUUAGGCUCGUGAGCUCAAGUGUUGUGCUUUUUUAACAGGGCUUCAACUUCACCAUCUUAAGAUUAUAUAUUAAUAAUGAGAUGUAGACAUGUGUGUUGAAGAAAUAAUGAAUUAGGAUCUUAUUUGGUAUUUAUUAUCUAGGCUUAAAUUACAUAUGUGGUCCUUUAACUUAAUUUCAAGUAACGUUUUAGUCCUUUA